AACGGUAACUUUCUGCACCUCGAGCUUUCUCUUGGACGUUUUCAUGCAUACCAUGUACAAGUAGUAGCCGGAGGAUAGAAGAUGUAAAUUGUUCUUUGUAGUCUACUCUCCCACGAUCUGGGAAAUAAGACCAUGGGGAACGCGCAACUUGGCGGGGAAGUUGUGACUGAAGACGAGCUGUACCAGGAUGCGGCCGCCGGGGCGGGAUUUUCGAAAGUCAAGCUGCUCGCGCGCAGGGAGGGAAGUGCGGGGGAGCAGCAUGUCCUUCACCACAACAUCGCGGUGGAAGCGACGGCGUUGCACCAGCACAGGGAACGCAACGCCGGCCCGACGGCUGCUAUGAUCUCGAACCCCAAUCCUAACUUAGCCACAGCGGAUGCCGCAAUCUCGUCUGUGCCCUUCCCGUAUCCCUUGGGAAAUGAAAUUUGUCUCGGUCUGGGUGGCUGUCGUGAAAUUGUUAUGCGCCACUCGUGUCUGCCUCUGGAACUGUCUGCUAGUAAAUUCGAAACUAUUUUAUCGCUUCGUCUCCUUGCUAAUUCAUUAGGAAGGAGAUGUUUGCGCUUUUCUGAAACUUGAACAUCAAGAGAUGAACAAUCCGUCUAUAUUUGUUUCUUGUGCUUGGCCCAAAAAGAACCAAGGACUAACAGACGGAACUAACUACAUGCAUUCUUACCUUACCAGUUUGAUGACCCGGACAAUUUUAUUUCUUGGUUGCAUAUCGAGGAAAAUCCGCCUUCUGGGGGCGGGCUAAUGUCGGCAGAGCCGGUCAGUGAGACGCACAUAACCGGACAACUGGUUGCAAAAAAACAACUCACGGCUGGAGCAGCUUCUGCCUUAGGUGUUGAGCAGCAGGGGAGUACUUCUGGACAACCUCCGGCAUCGACGGAAAUUCGUGCCGGUUCCAAAACCGCCAGUGCCAAAAAUAUGGAAGCAGCGACGACGACUACUACCACACCGCUUUUGAGCGGUCCAUCCUCUGUGGCGCCGAAGAAAGUACCCCUUAAACAGGGCUCAAAGGAAGGUAUCAUGACCGCGCGGCAGACCCCCCGAUAUCCGGAAUUUUUAAGAAGCGAGGAGGAAAAAAAGAUAGACGACGUUGAUCGAGAGCACAGGCAGGGCCGCCUGAUUUGUUGGCGGAUUUUCACUCUUCUGCUCCUCGUUGUCGGUGUCAGUUACGGUGUGUGGCACUGUUGUUUCAAGCCCGCCCUCAAGGAGGACACGGAGCGGAAAUGGGACACAAGAGCAACAAGCGCCAAGAUGAACACAACAAAAACCGCCAGCGCGGCGGCGUCGUCUUUUUUGCUCAGCACGCAGGCGGCCUCCGUCAAAGGAGUCGAUGCGCGAAUGAAGCUACUUCUUCUCGAGGAACUGGGAAGAAAAGCGCGACGGAGUGUUGGCGGGGAAAAGCCGUCGAAGAUUUUUGUUGACACCCAGAAUGGCGUUCUUGGUGAAGACGCAGCUACUGCGGCCACGACAAAUCUGGAGCUGGACGACCUGGCCUCGCUCGCGAUUUAGAAAAAGCCUCCAAUGAAAAAGAACACUUCAUCAUCAUCUCCUUCUUGUAAUUGUACAAAAACAAAAGUAUGCAAGAAUAAUUUCAGAUUCACAAUCGGCACAUCAGCAUCAUCCAAUAAUUAAAGAAUCAAGAACACGCAGUGGCUUCAACAUUUUUCGAUGUCCAAUAGCAAAGAACGAGCUACUUUGUAGCCUCUUCACCCACAGAAGAUAGCGAUCUUCUUUUAGAAAUUUGAGCAUUCGUAAUAUUUAUUUUCUACAAUUAGAAUUAGUUUUCCAGUCAUUUCUGCCCCUCCAUAGCUGAUAAGGCGGUUGCUUUGGCUGGCUCCAUUUGUGAGUUCCAGACAACAGGAUCUCGCUCACCCAGAAGCGAGCACAAGCCAUAUGUGUGGUUCUCUCCCCAUUUGCCACGCGGCUACAAUCACAGAUGAAAGUGAGCACGACCCCAUUCAGACAUAACUUUAAACCGCAAAAAAUCUCCUCGUCUUUACCAGAGUUUUUUAGCAGACGUAAAACUCACCUUGUACUAUGCAGGAGCAGGCACCGAGGAAAGCAAGUUGCAAAGUCACCUGCAUCGAUGCUCGUAUUAGUGUCUAUCAGGCCAAUAUAUCAC